CAGGCCGCAGUCUGUGUACUAGCUUGGAAUAAAUGGAAAUAACCAGAGGCAACAUGAGCCGCUGAUAUUAGCUAAAAGGUCAGGCAUUGCAUUGAAGUCAUGGUGUCAUACUUCAGUACAGAGGGCAGAGCCGUCAUUGUAAACUUAGAACAGUGUUUAGAGGCCGACAAUUCCCCCGUGAAGCCCCUUUAAAAUAUAGGCUUAUGGUUGACUGGUGACAGUUCAUGGAUUUUUUUAUAUAGGGUUAUCUAUUGUGUAAUCAAAGUUUUACUUAUGCAAUAUUAGUGUAUACUUUUGUUGUCCAGCUAUUGUAAGUAUGCUGUUGUUUUUUUGCCGUCCAAAAAGAGAACAUACAAAACGCAAACAGUCCACAACAUGGAUAAUGACCGAUACGUUUGAUGUAAAUUAAUAAUUUCAUUCUAAAACUUGUUUACUUUUUGGUGACAGAUUUUGACUUGUAUAGGCUACGGCCAUUCAUAUCUCUCUCUGUCUAUAGCUGAGCCAUAGCUCUCUCUCUCUUUUUCUCCGUCCCGAAUCGAACCGAAUGGACUCCGCGAAGAGGCGAACCGCUUUCGAGCAAGCAGCCAUUUGAUUGGGAUUAUUAUGAAAAAUAUAGGCUAUAUUUUUACAAAUCUAUCUUUGCGUUUUAGUGUGUUAUGCAUCUCUUCAAUCCGAAUUUUACGAUGUUUUGUUGUCAAUUAUGCAUUUGUUGAAAUAAUCUAAUGUCUCGUUGGACAAGCCUUCGCUGGACGUCAUAACAAAGACUGCAAAUAAUUGUUCGUGAUAAAUAGAGAGCGUGCAUAGCUAAAUAAUGCAAACAGAAAUUUAUCAUGGCUAUUUUCAGUCCUCAAGACCGUGUGAAACGAUUAUUGGACGAGCAGUAUGAUUGUCAAGAUAAUUUUCGCAGUGGGAAAUAUAUUAAUUUUAUAAACGUUUAUGGGUGGGUAACCGUUGACAAUCUGACAUCAUUUGGAUAGAGGGAUAGAGAACAAGAUUCUGUUUUUCCACAUCCGAAUUUUCCUUACACCCUUUUCGACCUGAUGAUGCGACGUGGAAGUCGGGAGUUUUAUGAAAAUGGAUGGAUGACAUGACAUGGACAUGGACAUGGACAUGGACACGAACACAAACAACAACCUUUGGUCUGUGAAACUACAAAAUGAUAAUAAAGCAUAACCAGAGACUCAACUGAACAGAGAUCGCACUCAAUGGUUGGAUCAAUAGUUCAUUUAUUAGACAUUUUGGAUUAUACAUGAUCAUUUAUUCUUGUGUCACAGUGCCUACCCGAGGAGAAUGGCUUGCAUAUAACAGGUGUUGGGCCAGGCAACAAAGGAGAAUGCAGCUCUUCAAUAUUUUUCCUCUCAUUUUAAUGAACUGUAAUACCAAACUAAAACGGUCAAUUAUAGAGCAGUGCAUAAAUGAAAGGUGGUAAACGUCAGAGAAGAAGGACAUUUUUCAAGUCUGUCAUGUAGAAUGGAUCCUCCCUGUUCCUCCCUGUAAGAGGAGAGGAGGAGACAGAGAAUCCCCAGGACGAGGAAGAGGGGGGCUGCAGGAGGUGGAAUAGUUGAGCUGUGUGCACAGUAAAGAGAGAGGGAGGUGUGAAUCCAUAGAUCUAGGUAGUGGGAGAAUAUGGCUAACCAGAGCUUUGGCAUUGAUGGCCCUGGGAGUCUACUAGCUGUACUGGCCUCACAGAGUGGACUGGCAAGGGGCAGCACCAGUAGUGGAGGAAUCACAGCCUCAGAUGUGUCAGCCUACUUCAAGCUAAUCUUCUUGGGGCUAAUCAUCUGUAUCAGCCUGGCAGGCAACUUGUUGGUGUCCCUACUUAUCCUCCGUGACAGGACCCUCCACCAAGCCCCCUAUUUCUUCCUCCUUGAUCUGUGCCUGGCCGAUGCUGUUCGCUCUGCCGCCUGCUUUCCCUUCGUCUUGGUGUCUGUUCACAACAGCUCGGCCUGGACCUACAGUACCCUGAGUUGUAAGGUGGUAGCCUUUUUGGCUGUGCUCUUCUGUUUUCAUGCUGCCUUCAUGUUAUUCUGUGUGGCUGUCACUCGCUACCUGGCCAUCGCUCACCACCGCUUCUAUGCCAAGCGCAUGACGGUCUGGACCUGCGCCGCCAUCAUCUGCAUGGUCUGGACUCUGGCUGUUGCUAUGGCAUUCCCGCCUGUAUUUGAUGUGGGGACCUACAAGUUCAUCCACGAUGAAGACCAGUGCAUCUUUGAGCACCGCUACCUGAAGACCAAUGACACUCUGGGCUUCAUGCUGAUGUUGGCUGUUGUGGUACUGGCCACUCACGGCUUCUAUGCCAAGCUCCUUCUCUUUGAAUAUCGGCAUCGCAAGAUGAAGCCUGUUCAACUGGUGCCGGCCAUCAGCCAAAACUGGACCUUUCACGGGCCUGGGGCGACAGGUCAGGCUGCAGCCAACUGGAUUGCAGGGUUUGGUCGGGGUCCCAUGCCACCCACCCUCCUGGGCAUCCGGCAGAAUCUACACACCCAACACCGGCGCCUGCUAGGCAUGGAGGAGGUGAGGUCAGAGAGGAGGCUGGGGAGGAUGUUCUACACCAUCACUCUGCUCUUCCUGGUCCUCUGGGCGCCCUACAUAGUGGCCUGCUUCUGGAGGGUGUUCGUGAAGUCCUGCUCUAUCCCUCACAGGUACCUCACCAUCACAGUGUGGAUGAGUUUCGUCCAGGCUGGGGUCAACCCCAUCUUCUGUCUCCUACUCAACGAAGACCUGAGGAAAGUUCUGAGGGCCCACCUGCCCGCUUACUGGAGGACCAAACAACACCUGCCACAAGACGAGGCAUACUGCAUCAUGUAAUGGGAGGGGGAUUCAAGUGUGUGUGGAGGAGUUGUUUGUGCGUUCAGAGAGCUUAUAGUGGGCUGUGACAAACAGGAUGCUCCAGGAAGGUGUUAAGGCAGAUACAAUGUAUAAGUCUACUCUGAAGGUCAUACUGAAAUGAGCUACGCAUUAGAGGAACACUUGUACUGUACAUGAUUAGAGUAGGGUGUAUGUCUUCACAUGUACUGUAAUGAUGCAUGAACUAGUUGCAUUUGAGCAAAAAGGACAUUGUAGGCUACCAAGUCAGUAAUAGGCCUGAUAAUCAAAUGCCACUUCAAGAUUUGAUUGCCUUACACUUAAGAUGGAUAAACCUGCCCUAUGGAAGUAUUACUCACAAAGCUGUACAUGGAACGAUAAUCCUACAUACUGUACACAGGACUUGAACAACUGGAGAGACAUGCACUGGACUAUUGAUAUAAUUGCGGGCUUGUUUCUGAUUUGAAAAAAAUGAUACAGCUAAAACUUCUCAGAGGAUUCUUAAACCGUGGACGCCUUCUUCAUGUGGCUCAGAGAAGACUGAAAGAAAUCAAGUGGACAUCUUCCUGUUUGUAUAAAACACGAAUGCCUGUUUUACUUUCUUUAUAAACAAAACACAUGUUGCAGAUGCCACUAUUUUUACAAAGGAAUUGUGAAUUGGAUUCAUAAUGUACAGUGUGUGAUCUUAUGUCAAGAAAGGAAAAUAUAUUCCUACUCAUGUUUUUUUUUAUUAAUGUGUGUGUCAGUGAGUUAGCGUGUGUGUGCUUGUUUGUUUAAAGUAUGGGAGCGAACAAGAGAAAAUGAUGACAGAUUACAAUAUAGAAGAAUAUUUCAAAAGAAUGGUGUCAUUGUAUGCCUUGGAAUGAUGAUAAAAUAUGUAGUGAGAUGUCCUAUGAAUGCAAGGGACUGCAACUGAUGGGCAGGUUCAGGUAGACUACAGACAAUGAUUGAGAGUGAAAAAUUACCUGAAAACCAUAUCUUGUGCAUUGUAGGAGGUCCCAUGAGAUUAAUUUUGGCCCCAAUGAUGAUGUAUUUGAUAGAGCUGAAUUAGAUGAAGUUGGUAAACAACCCAAUACAUUUGUUUGAAAAAUUACUCUCUAGGGAAUGCAUCCCAAGUAUUUUGGUGUUUCAUUAAACCUUUCUUAAUAUUCGGCACUCCAGAACCUAAAUAAGUCAACCAUUCCAACGGAUGCCCCCUUAACAUACUAGAGUGCAUAUUUCAAACUAAAAAGUGAAACAUGGUUAAUUAUUUCAGAUAUGGCGUUAUUUUCUAUAGUCUUGUUUCUGUACAGUAUAAUUGAAGUGGUUAUUUUGUCCACACAUCAAUAAAGAGUCUACUUUUGCUGCAUUUGGAUUCCACUGUCAAUGCACUUUCAUUUCUGGCCUACAUUUGACAACACUGGCAAUAAUAUAUGUUACAUGUAAAAUAUUACAUUUGAGAUAAAGAAAACAUUGUACAAUUAUGUUGGAAUACACAAAUUAUAAUAUUUUGAAGAUCUGUUAGUCUGGAAAGGCAGUUAUAGUUAUAUAUAAACCUUUAUUGCUACUUAAAUGUCUUCACAAAAAGAGUGUAUUUUCACUCUGCUGGGGUAUUCUACCUUUGGAGAUUAAGGUAUUGAAAAAUAUUCAGAAAACCAAAUUAAGUAUGGGUUCAUAACACUGAACAGUACAAACUAGCUGUUGACAUUAUAAAUGCAUUGGCAACCAACUGCUGGAUUGAGGAUUUAGAAUGAUUCCUUCGGAUAUAAUCAAAAUAGACUUGGAGUUACAAUAACUUAUAGGGUAUCUUGUGGAGUUAAAAAAAUGUUGGUCAAAAAGUUCAAGCUCUGCACACCAGGGGUGCCCUGGUUGUAAAAUGUUUUAUAUCAGAACAUGUAAACAAGACCAAACUACACAACCUUUAUAACAUUACAGUAGGCUAGGGUUUAUUCAAUGUAUGCGUAUAAUAAAUAUAUUAAUCUGGAGUCUUUUAAUCUAGAAUGAAACACAAACUAGCAUAUAGAACACACAAAAUACACACACUUAAGACACGCACAAUGUUUCAUUACAGUAACAUCACUUUUCAAAGUAUUUUUCUGUGUUGUUUUAAAGUGAAUUUGUCAGUACUAAUUUAGUUUGAUCUGUGAUUUAGUGCCAUGCACAUCAUACCAACCCAUGACACUGAGGAAUGCUUAAUAGGCAAAGAUUAAGGGACUGGUAAGAUUUAAGGAAAUAAGGCUGUCAGGUCACUCAUUACUGCUUCUUAACUGUUACAUAACAGGUUAGCUAGCGCUCCAAACAGUCUGACAGAACAGGUUAUGCAAUACAAAUAGUGAAGGAAUUGCCUUUGAAAGAUAACAUUUCAUGCUGCACAUAUGU